CGGACCACCACAGGGUCCAGAAAAACGCUCAAAGAUAAGCAAAUAAGCGACGUUUUACAGCAGUGGGAGGAGCCACAGGAGCCUGUGCGCCCUCGUAUGCUCAGUGGGAGGAGCCAGGCGAUGGCGCUGAGCUGCAAUAAGAUAACGCACUGAGCAGAGGCGGGACUUCCUUUCUACAUCCAUUGACCAUUGGGCACUUGAGCUUCUUGGCUGGGCGUUCCAAUUUCUCCCAUUAAUUUAAAUAGAAGUGGCCCAUCUCUGCUAAAUAAUCUCUGUGCUGAAAAUCUGUGUGAUGCAUUUGGAUAACUGAAGGAAAAAUACAUGUAGAGCAAGCCUUAUGUUUAAGUGAGAAGAAAACAAUGACCUUCAUGAGGAAACGCUGUUGUGGACGACUUUCUAACUUCCUCACAAUGGUCUCUUUACCAAUAUUCACUGUCAGACCAUAAAGGAACAGACCCACUUUCAGAGACACUCAAACAAACAGGCCUGCCUCACUUAUGCUGUUUUGGCUAGACUGUUCAGCUCCAUACAAUGAAGAGACCCAAGCAACAGUCGCAGUCCCUCAGUUUUCUCAGCUUCUUCAGCCGAAAGCCCAAAUCUGAGCCCAAGAUUGAAAAGCCCUCUGGGAAUUUGAACAAGGAAGAGGUUGCCAUCACUCUCACACCCAAUGAGCAUGAGCAUGUGGAACAAGCUCCAAUUGAAGGAGGUGGCAUUGGAGAGGCUGGAGGAGAUCCUGGGAAAGGUGAAGGAGGUGGAGUGGGAGACGGUGAACGAGGUGCAGAGUGUGGCAGCACGGGAUCAAUGGGAGUACUGUCUUUGUCCUCCUCCAGUCAGGAGCAGCUGCUGGAGCACCUGGUGGAAUGCCCACUUUGCCUCCUGAGUCAACCACGCGGCCUCUUCCCCCGCCUGUCAUCCUGCCAGCACCGUGCAUGCACGGACUGUUUGCGCCAAUACCUACGCAUCGAGAUCUCUGAGAGCCGUGUGGGUAUUGCCUGCCCGCAGUGCCCUGAAGUGUUGGCACUGCCUGACGUCCGUGCCAUUCUGGAUGACGGUGCACUGCUGGAAAGGUUUGAAGAGUUCCAGCUGCGCCGUUUUCUGGCUGCUGACCCAGACACUCGCUGGUGCCCGGCACCAGACUGCAGCUAUGCAGUGAUAGCUUAUGGCUGUGCAGAGUGCCCCAAGCUAAGUUGUCGUCGGGAAGGUUGUGAUACUGAGUUUUGCUACCACUGCCGCCAGCUGUGGCACCCAGACCAGACCUGUGACCAAGCCAGACGUCAGCGAGCUCGCUACACGUCAGGGGCCAAUGAUGUUUCCACACUCUACGUGUUCAACGAGGAACCUGGUGAUGCAGAGGAGAUCAAGCCCUGUCCGCGCUGUGGUGCCUACAUCAUGAAGACUAAUGAUGGCAGCUGCAACAGAAUGAACUGUACAGUGUGUGCUUGUCAGUUCUGUUGGCUGUGUAUGCAGGAGAUAACGGACGUGCACUACCUCAGCCCCUCCGGCUGCACUUUUUGGGGAAAGAAGCCAUGGUCACAGACACGAAAGGUUUUGUGGCAGGUUGGCAUGCUGCUUGGGGCUCCGGUGGUGAUCUCACUCAUAGUGGGCAUUGCAAUACCCGUCAUCAUUGUGGGCAUCCCAAUUUAUAUGGGCCGCAAGGUCCACGGCCGCUGUAAGAAAAACAAUAUCUCAGGAAGUAAGCAUUAUUUGACAGUGGCGAGCGGAGUCAUGAUGUCUGUUUUUGUGUCUCCAGUCAUAGCAGCCAUUACUGUGGGGGUUGGAGUGCCUCUUAUGUUGACCUACGUCUACGGGGUAGUGCCCAUGUCAUUGUGCCGGAAUGGCUGGUGCAGGCCACAAACUGAACCUCUGGAAACACAGAAUAUACAGCUGGAAGAUCUGGCCAAUUAUCUUCUAUUUUCUCAUGUAGUCAGUGACCACUGGACCGGCCAGCCCAAUCCAGCUCUAACUGAUGGAAGUGUACAGGAAGUAAGUGUGAAUGUGGAGGAAGUGAUGCCGCUUCCAAGCACCAGUGUGUUCCAUUCAGGAGCAGAAGGCUGCAAUGAACCGCCUACUGAUAGACAUAUUGACAGCACUGAGCAGGAUGUCCAGUCAGACGAAGUGGAUGUAGUAGAGGAGUGUGCCUUCAGUAGCACACAAACAUUUGCUCUGAGCAAGGAUGGGACCAAUAUUGAGGUCCAGGUGGAGAUUGAGGCCCAGCCACAUGGUGGGCGGAAGCCGAGUCUCAGCAGUAUUGUGUCUAGUAAGAGCAUUUCCUCAGAAUCACUCAGCCAGACCUGUGAGCCUCUGUGUGCCUCUCAACAGACAGGGAGCACAGCUCCCGAAAUCGACAGCGUCUGAACGACUCCUCGGAAACAACUGCUUCCACCGCCCACCAACACUCCCACCAGCGGAGAGUCAGCAUCAUGGAAACCAGAGAGAGAUAGAGUGUAAACAAAAAGAAAGAUGAAGAAAAGACAGAAAAGAGAAAAUGGAGAUGAAAGUCCAGGGCAGCUGCCAAAAUACCGGGAUUAAAGACGAUAAUAGUAACUGAAAUGACCAAGCGUAUGUUUGUCAGCAAGUUUGAGGGGUGCUCAGCAGUUUUUUACUAUGUUCUAUUGAAAACAUUGCUUAUUUGGAUGCUGAUCGGUUUCAUUUAUUUGAUUAGCUCUUCUCUAGCUCUUCGUUGCUAUACUCUUUUAUUUAAUGACCAUAUGGUUUAAGUCCCCUGACUGAAAUCGAAGAAGGAAAAAAAGAAAAAGUAUUAAGCUACGGAUUAAAAGCAUGGUUUGUUCUGCAAGGGUUGGUACUGUUGCCUGAUGUGGCAUGUGACUGCUAACAUGGUGAAAUGCAGUGCCUCUGUCUGAAGAUUAGUGUGGCUGCAGGCUAAUGCUAACAGGGACUUGGUAAUGGGCCUUUACUCACUGUAUUUAUUCAUUUGAAUUAAGUUUUUACAUAACAUGUAUUGUUGUCUCAUUUUCACGAAGGAGUGGCGGAAUCUGCCUGAUUUAGGUCUAGAUUUAGCCCCAAGCCUCAUUCUGUUGCUAUUACAGUAUGUCCUGACUCUUGAGUAUGAUAAUCUUAGGUCAAAGUUUGUGAUCUUAGGGAAAAGUAAACAUUGUUAAGACUGUGAUUUUGAGUGUUGCUUAGAAAACUGAUAAAACAAUAACCAAAAUGUAAAAUUGCUCUAAAUCAGUGGUUCUCAACUGGUGUGUUGCAGGUCUGUUGGAAAACGAUGCUAAAUGCCAAUAAUAAUAAUGCAAAUAAGCAUAUUAUUGUUUGUGGUUAUGAUUGAAAAAAUACAGUACGUAGGCUAAUCAACUUUUAAAAAAGGAGGAUAAAAUGUUUCCCAUAUCUUUUGUUAUUGACAUCAAAGGCAGUCUGUCCAAUCAAACUCUUACUUGUCACUUAGAAGCUAUAGACAAAUUAGGUAGAUGCACAAAACUAUGCGAAGCAAAAUAAAAUUUCAGUUGUGGCCAGGAUAAACAUGACAAUGUGUUUUGAAUGGGUAAUUAUUGUAUGGUUAAAUAUGUCAAUCCAAUGAAUCAGUUAAUUUGUAUACUUGAUGUCCAGUAUAAAAUCUGGGUCCUGAUGCAUAACCUGUUGAGAACCACUGCUCUAAAUGAUAUUGUUUUUCUCUUAAACCACAAACUGUUCACUUAUUUCGGCUGUAACAACAUUUGUUUUUCCUACUGUUUUUGAGUACUUGAUGAAUUAAGAGUUUUAAAAACCCAUCAUCUACAUAGAGCACCUUAUUACCUUGGCUGCUGGGGCUGUAGCCAAUAUCUACAGUAAAUUGAUUGUUUGUUUGCUUGCAAAGUAAUAGAUUGUAGGCUACUGGUAGUACUCCAGAAUCAGCAUUUGUAUAAUAUCCACAGUUUUCCUGACUAACCACUGGGCGCCGCCAUGGUGAUUCUAAUUGCUGCUGGAGUGUUUAUUGGUUCUGGUCUCCAUGAGAAGCAAGAUAAAAAUGACCAAAAAGAGCGUUCCAGACAGAGAACAACAAAAAUGUUAUGUUAGUUGGAGAAAAAAUUAGUUCAGGCUCAACUUGUGCAUUUGUUGACAGUCAUAAUAACUUGAAGUAGUUUAUGAUAUCAGUGUAACUCACCUCAGUGUAUAUAGUCUGUAAAACACAAACAAAGAUUUUUUAAAGAAUAUUUCAGCUGUUUUGGUCCUAUUCAUAUUGCUUCUGAAUACAUAGAUUUAACCACUGGAGUCGUAUGGAUUACUUUUAUGCUGCCUUUAUAUCCUUUUUGGACUUUCUGAGUUCUGGUCACCAUUCACUUGAAUUGUUUGGAUCCACAGAGCUGAGAUAUUCUUCUAAAAAUCUUUGUGUUCUGCAGAAGAAAGAAAGUCAUACACAUCUGGUAUGGCAUGACGGUGAGUAAAUGAUGACGAAUUUUCAUUUUUCAAUUAACUAUUCCUUAAACUUGCUUGACGGAUGAGGCACUGUCAAAAAAUGAUUACUUCUCUCUGAAGUAUCAGCACUAUGGUGCCACAUGAUUUAAAUUUUUUUUUUUUUUUUUUUUUUUUUUUUUUUUUUUUUACACAGUUAUACGCUAAACAUCACAUUAUCUGAUAAGAAUAUAUAGUGCACUUUUGCAUGAAAAACACUGGAGACUGGAAACUGAAAACAGGUGUCCGUUAAGGCCACUUCUGCAUUCAGGAAAAAGGUGGAUAUAGACUUUUUUUUUUUGGAUACAUGGCAUAAAAGGAGAAACCAGAAUGCCAGUUUAGGCCUCUUUCCCACUGUCCCACUCAUUGAAAUUGACUAGGCAGACUGACCCUGAAGUUCACAAUGAAAAUACCUCCAGGAGUUUCCAAAGCUGAUCUUACAUUGCAGAUUAGGAACAAAGAAAGUUUCAGUAAAUCAGUUUUUAUGAUCAUUUUUUUUUUAAUAUAUAUUAAACCCAUGAUACAAAAUGUCCUAUAUUGUGUGCUGAUUUUAACAGGGUACUUGGAAAGAUUUUGAUUUUGCUUUCUUAAACCUAUAAAAAAAGAAAAUACAUAUUAUAUACUGUGUGUGGGUGUGUGUGUGUAUAUAUAUAUAUAUAUAUACAGUGGUGGCCAAAAAUAUUGGCACCCUUGGUAAAAAUGAGCAAAGAAGGCAGUGAAAAAAAAAACCUUAAGAUAUUUCAUUAAAAACAUUCACAAAAAUAUAACCUUUAAUUG